AUGGCUUUUAAGGUUCUAUGUAUCAUAGCUGUAUUAGCUGUAGCGGUGAUAUCAGCUGAGGAAGGUCAUUCGUCCCAGUACAUCCACAAACACGACGACCACCAUCAAAAAGUGGAAAUAAAAGACGAGCAUGGACAUCAUCACGUCGACUACUAUACCCACCCCAAGUACGAGUUUGAGUACAAAAUAAAGAACCCCCACACGGGCGACCACAAGGUGCAGCACGAGCAUCGUCAUGAGGACAGUGUGAAGGGACACUACUCGCUGCAGGACCCUGAUGGUACUGAGAGACAUGUUCACUACCACGCUGACAAACACUCCGGUUUCCACGCAGACGUGAAACACAGCACUCAUCACAUCGUGCCACAUCAUCAUAAGCAUCAUUAA